AUGCUCGCCAUGUUUGGUAUUUAGUGCAAACGGAAGUAAAGGCUGCGUCGGAAACAGGAUGUGUUGGUGUUGUUUUUCUGGCCAUAAAUUGGAUGAGGAAAGUGGCGAGUUUCUGUUUUACCAGUUACAUCAGAGUGAACUUUGACUUAAACUCCGGGACGUUUUGGUUUUUAACCAGUUACAUCGUAGGUAAGUUUGACUUCAUCUCCGUCAAUGAGUUUUAGGGUACUGACUACAGACAUGGUGAACACAUCAUAGAGCAAUGCAGGGCAAAAGAAAAUCUUUCUGAAACGUCAUAGUUUAUUAUCUUUUUUUACAUUUUAUUUUCUUUGCGUUUUUUUUUAUGAUUAGUAGGUAUAGACAACCGUUACGGUUUUGGGAAUGCUGGUAUAGACCAUAGUGGACUGUGUAGCGGACCACCGUUUGGGGCAUGCUGGUAUAGACUACAGUGAACUGUGGAACGGUCCACCGUUUGGAGCACGCUGGUAUAGACUAUAGUGGACUGUGUAACGGACCACCGUCUGGAGCACGCUGGUUUAGACUAUAGUGGACUGUGUAACGGACCACCGUCUGGAGCACGCUGGUAUAGACUAUAGUGGACUGUGUAACGGACCACCGUUUGGGGCACGCUGGUAUAGACUACAGAGGGUUGUGUGUUGAUCGUAGAAGCUGACUUGGAAACUGUUUCCUAACCCGUCACAUCAACGUGCUUUCAAAAUCUCUUUCGACGUUGUUAAAUUAUUUUUAUCUAAAGAUUUAGGCCACCUGAUUUUAAAAGGCAGAGAUACAUAUUCAGAAAGGCAAGUCGGUCAUCUGUGUAAUAUAAUAUUGUUUCCUAUCUCUAAUAAAUUCUCUAAAUUCAUUUGUUUUUUUUGUUUUUUUGUUGUUUUUUUUAAUAUCCAUCGUUUUAUCUUUUAAAAAAAAUUUACAUUUAAUCGUUGAAACGUUUUGUAACUAUCUUAAAUGACUGAAAUCAUCCAGAAGUCAAGAUGGUAUCGAUUACGCGGUUGAGUAUCGUCCUGGUCCUCAUGGCUGUGAUGAGCUUCUAUGUGCCAGAGACGGAGGCCAAUGUUUUUAAGAGAUGUUUCGAGACCUGGAGUCGAUGCUCGAGGCAAGUAUGCAUCCUUAAGUAG